CCUGAAUCCUUUUGCUCCUCGGUUUAACAGAGAUCAGAUGUGGAAUCGCGGCUGUUUGGUGGACGCUGCCCACACCUUGUACCAGACUCACAUGGCAGCGGGAGUUUGCGUGCGCAGAUCUCUCGCUCGCAUGCGUCGGGAGCGCACAGAGGGCGCACCGGUGUCAGUUUGCUCCAGCCCCUUGUAGCGGUCGCUCGCUGCUGGUUGCGCGCAGUGGCGUCUGGCAGCAGGAAUUUGGGGAGUGGAAAUUCCGCUGUUACUUUCACGGCUCGCCUUGUAUUUUCUGACAUUUCUGCUGUGGCGGUCAGUCAGUCGCAGCGAUCAGAGAGAGGCGGAGAGAGAGCCGAACUGAAAUAAGGAGUGAAGAUCUGGAGAGCGCCGAUGUUCCUGGCGGUUGGUUUUUCUCUGAAUCUCGUUUAACUACUGAUUUCUCUCUUAAAUUCUACGCUUGGAAGUACGUCCAUCGCUCCUGUUUGGUGUGAGAAGUGAGAGGUUUGAUAAAGAGUCGAGGGCGCACAGCUGCCACUUUUGGCGAACGGAUUUUUCCCUUUUUUGAAUCUUCGUCUCCUUUUUUUCUGCGUUUGGAUUAUUUUUUUUCCAGGAGAUGGCAAGUUGUUCCCUGACAGACGCGGGGAUCUGGUGCUGAAGAUCGCAGGAUGCUGGGGACCCUACAACAACCAGAUCUCUUACUUUGAGACAAUCUUCGCUUAUAUUUCUCUUUUGGACGUAGCCCCCCUCCCUGGACGCUUUUGCCCUCCCGUUUGUCUUUCUUUUCUUUUACAGAAUGUAUGUGUUGUACAAUCUAAGGGUGCUAUUGUCCCUUUUCACCCAAGCCAUCUUGGUUGCUUCGUUGACUCAGACUGAUAAAUGCGGAGGGAAUAUAGAGAUACACACCGCGGACUACCUGACCUCCCCGGGCUAUCCCGGCGCCUACCCGCCCUCCCAGCAGUGCGUGUGGGUGAUAACAGCGCCUGAGCCCGGUCAGAAGAUCCUCAUCAACUUCAACCCGCAUUUUGAUCUGGAAGACAGAGACUGCAAGUAUGACUACGUGGAGGUUUACAACGGCGGGGACGAGCUUUCACCCAUGUUGGGGAAGUUUUGCGGGAAGAUUGCACCGUCGCCUAUCAUCUCCAGCGGCAGCCAGCUCCUCAUCAAGUUCGUCUCUGACUAUGAAACACACGGGGCGGGGUUCUCUGUUCGCUACGAGGUCUUCAAGACAGGUCCAGAAUGUUCCAGGAACUUUACGGCUCCCAGAGGCGUCAUCAAGACGCCGGGCUUCCCCGAGAAGUACCCCAACAACCUGGACUGCACCUUCAUGAUAUUCGCCCCCAAGAUGACUGAGAUCGUGGUGGAGUUUGACAGCUUUGACAUGGAGCCUGACACCACGCCGCCGCCGGGCGCCCUCUGCCGAUACGACUGGCUGGAGAUCUGGGACGGCUUCCCCGCAGUGGGUCCUCACAUUGGCCGGUACUGUGGCCAGACGUCCCCGGGCCGUGUGAUUUCCUACACCGGCAUCCUGUCCAUGACCAUCACCACCGACAACGCCAUUGCCAGAGAGGGAUUCUCCGCCAACUACACCAUCCGCGAGAGGAGCCUCCCCCCGGGCCACGAGGAUGAGGGUUUCGCGUGUAUGGAGGCACUGGGCAUGGAGUCGGGGGAAAUUUCUUCAGACCAGAUCACCGCCUCCUCCCAGUACAACAGCAACUGGUCGCCUGAACGUUCGCGUCUCAACUACCAGGAGAACGGCUGGACGCCCUCAGACGACACCGUCAGGGAGUGGAUACAGGUGGAUUUGGGAUUUCUCCGAUUUGUCACGGCCAUCGGGACGCAGGGAGCGAUCUCAAAAGAGACCAAGAAGCACUACUAUGUUCGCUCGUACAAAGUGGACCUGAGCUCCACCGGAGAGGACUGGCUCACUGUGAAGGAGGGCUCAAAGCAGAAGAUCUUUCAGGGGAACCACAACCCGACAGACGAGGUUCAUGCCUUCCUCCCCAAACAGACUCUGGCUCGCUACAUCCGCAUCCGCCCCAUAUCCUGGGAGCAAGGCAUCUGUAUGCGCUUUGAGAUCUACGGCUGCAGAACAUCAGACUACCCAUGUUCAGGGAUGCUGGGGAUGGUCUCAGGUCAGAUCUCAGACGCUCAGAUCAGCGCCUCAUCAUUUGCUGACCGGGGCUGGGUGGCUGAAAACGCCCGCUUAUUGACCGGGAGAUCGGGCUGGACCGGGCAGCAAACCAAGCAGCCCUUCAGAAAUGAGUGGCUACAGGUGGAUCUGGGCCAGGACAAGAUGGUGAGCGGCGUGGUCAUCCAGGGAGGGAAACACCGCGACAGGAAUGUCUUUAUGAAGAGGUUUAGGGUGGGCCACAGCCUAGACGGAGAGGACUGGACCAUUGUCAAGGAGGACAACACCACCAAGCCCAAGAUAUUCGCCGGGAAUCAGAACCACGACACCCCAGAGCUGAGAUCGGUGGGUUCCCUCCUGACCCGCUUCAUCAGGAUCUACCCAGAGAGAGCCACCAACGAGGGCCUGGGCCUCCGACUGGAGCUGUUGGGCUGUGAACUGGAUGACAUUACGACUACAGCACCUCCCACCACGCCCAUCGCCUCCACACUUCCCAUGACCACGUUCGGAGCGACCACCACUGCGCCAAUCACCAUCCCCGGCACGUCCCCAACUACAGACUGUGAGGAAGGACAACAGGACUGUGGCGGUGAGACCGAAGCACCCGAUGACUAUGACACAGGGACAGGAGUCGCCACAACGCUCAACCCCAUAAUGGAAAUCAUACCAGCAUACGUGUGGUUCGCCUGUAACUUUGACUUCUCGUCGCUCUGCGGCUGGACCGAAGAGACUGGGAUGGGGGCUGAGUGGCUGAUCCAGUCCAAGGGGGCUCCUGCCGUCCACAGAGGACCGACCCUGGACCACACAGGUGGGCUGGGGAACUUCAUCUACAUGCAGCUGAGUGACAUAGACACACCGAGUAAGACCGGCGAAGAUGAUGAUGAAGAGGAGAAGGUGGCGAGCUUGGUCAGCCUGCCCAUCACCGCCACAGACAUCGACCUGUGUAUGUCCUUCUGGUAUCACAUGUUCGGUGAACACGCAGGAGCUCUUCACAUCAAGCAGAGGAAGGAGGCGAAGGUGGGGCAGAUCCUGUGGACGGUCAGCGGUCACCAGGGCAGCCGGUGGAGGGAGGGACGAGUUUUACUGCCACACUCCAGUGUCUCAUAUCAGGUGGUUGUGGAGGGCGUUGCAGACAAACGCAGUGCAGGUCACAUAGCUGUGGACAACAUCCAGAUCCUGGAUGGACUCCAUCCUGAGGAGUGCAAAGACCCAGAAGCUCCUACGUCUCCGCCAACUGAGAUCUUCAUCCUACCGAUAGACUCCCUCUCGCAGGAGACCAGCGAGCUCGGCGGACCCGGCAACAUGCUGAAGACCCUGGACCCCAUCCUCAUCACCAUCAUCGCCAUGUCCGCGCUGGGCGUCUUCCUGGGCGCUAUCUGCGGCGUCGUCCUGUACUGCGCCUGCUCGCAGGGCAGCAUGACGGACAGGAACUUAUCCGCCCUGGAAAACUAUAACUUUGAGCUGGUGGACGGCGUAAAACUAAAGAAGGACAAGAUGAACGGACAGACUAACUAUUCAGAGGCGUGAGGGGCAAAGAGAGACGGAGCCGCGAUUGCUCCGCAUGGACACGUGAUGCAGCCAAUCAAGCGGGAGAAACACAGGGCUGAGGCCACCAAUGGGACGGCAGGGUGGGCUGAAAGUGAGCCAAUGUAAUUUUUUUUCUCAGGAGCGGCAGUGGAAGGGACUGACCUGUAGGGGGCACUGUGUAUAAAGAAUCUGUACAGCAAAAAAAAAAAAGAAGAAAAUUAAGGAUUCUAUUUGUUUUUUGGCGUGCUUUGUUGAUUUCAUGUAAUCACAUGCUGGUGUUGAGACCAAUUCAGAUGAAAGUAUCGUUUGUGUACUUUUAUGGAAAGAUAAGAUUUGAUUUUCUUUGUUUUUGUUUUGU